AUGGCCGAUACUAUGCUACUGCGCAGUAUACUGCUUCUUGGUUCCUUUGGUAGCCCCCCCUCAUCUUCCUCUUGGGUCCGUUUGAAGCCCUUGGAUCCUGGUGCAGGUGGCACGUUGCACUUGCAACUGGGGGUCCAGAUGGCAUAUGCCCGCAUGGCCAGUACGCCAGCAAGCAAGCACCCCCAAGGCUGGGGCUUCUCUGGAGCUAGGGCUGAAGGGCCUGAAGGUGCCAUCUUCCCAGACCCGGCCCCAAUCCGAGGCGGCGACUCGACGACGCCAGACAGCGCUGAGCGCAGGAAACCUCCACUCGACGUAAGGUUGUCGGCCGCCAGUGGCCAGGGCGUCCCUCAAUCUGGUCGUGAGAUUUGCACAUCUGACGGGUUCGUGGGUGCCAGGGGUACACGUUAG